AUGGACUGGCAGGGUGGUGAUGGGACACAGAGAUCAUCAAAUGACCGCAUAGCGCAGUGGAUUAGCGCGUUUGACUUCGGAUCAAAAGGUCGUGGGUUCGACUCCCACUGUGAACCAAAACAAGAGAAGGAAAAUGGGUCUUCGAAUAACAGUGGUGGUGGUGGUGAUGAUUUGAAGAAAGAUCAACCUCCUCCCUUUAGCAAUAUCAAGUGGGGUGAAUUGUUACUGAGCCCAGAUCCUGAUAACAUCUUGGCUGUUGGAUUAACUGGUUUGCUUGCUUGGGCUAGUGUUCAAAAAUCAAUUGUCGGUAAAGAUUAUUGCAAGUGUCGUUGGGUGCACUGUGAAUCUGCUGUAUCAAGUUUGCUUUUGCAUUCAAGUAGAGCAUAA